AUGAACCUUCCCCGGCAUCGAGUCAAACCUCAUCUUUCCACGUCGUCGACCGUGAUCAUGCGGAACUCGAUAGAACACCCUUCGAUAAGUGACAACAUCCAUCCGCCUUCUCGCAAGAGAAAGCUCCGCUACACCCGCACCAGGACAGGAUGUCUCACAUGUCGGCGGCGGCGGAAGAAGUGCGAUGAGAAGAGGCCAUUCUGCAUUGGCUGCAGCAGAAACUCAUUGGCAUGCUGCUGGCCCGAUGACUUAUCUUCAGAUGUUCAGGAUUUGGAAGAGAGGGGAGAUCUUCUCACAGCAUCCUGGGAUAGCACUCAAGUUUCUUACCAUGGCCUUUCACCAACAUCAAUCCGUGUGGAUUCCUCUGACUCAGAUGCGCCAACCUUGCCUGCACUACCCAUAUCCCACGCAACGGGGUUGGAACUGCUCGAAGAGACCACCGACCGUUGGGACCCAGCUGUUGUUGGCCGGCGACUAGUUUGGAGCCCUCUGAAUGAAAGUUUGUCGAGCCUUACAUCUGCACCUCGGCUGAAGCCAACAUCUCCUCAACUCCUCCGUCACUACAUUGAGAGGACAGCGGACUUCUUGGCCGUCAAGCAACAGCGGGAUAACCCGUUUGUGACCCUUGUUCUGCCACUGGCAUACUGCGAUGAACUACUCAUGCACUCUGUCCUCGCCUUAAGUGGAAGCCAUAUUUGCGGUUCAGAACCGUCCCUACUCGAAAUCCAGCAAGCAACCUGGCAGCAUUAUGAUAUGACCCUGACGGGCCUCCGAUUAGAAUUACAAAACCACAUUCCAAUGUCGCAUUCAAGGAGCUUGCGCCUGCUGUUGGUCUUGAUCAUGCUCUGUCAUUUUGAGGCCAUCUCCGGGAACCGAGAGGGAUCGAUGAUCCAUCACCUACGUGCAAGCCGUCAUCUGGCUCUCCGUAUCACCGAUUCGAAUCUUGGGAAUGGUUGCAAAGAUCAGAAAGACCUGCAAGGCUUCGCACUCGAAGUAUACGCUUACCUAGCAUUGACCGCCACUAUAGCACCCUACAGUCAAUCGGAUAACCUCAAAGUUCCCUUUGACUCAUUCGUCACAUCUCUAUCACAUCUCCAGCAAUACGACACGUUCGGUACAUUUUUCAGUUGUGGCUACGAUCUUUUUGAGAAAAUCCCAGCCAUCUCACUUCUUUUUGCAAGACGCCUGUGCGAAAAGCAAGAACAUCGGGACUGCUCAGAAGAAACUACUUCGAUCUACGAGGAGCUGCUUACCGAAAUUCAGAAUUGGGAGUCCUGUCCUCCAGUCUCAGAAAUGUCAGCCUGGGCAGUUGAGCACGCUCAGACUGGCGAAGCUUACCGCCAUGCCCUUCUCAUCUAUCUCAAAGCAGCGAUGUGCGGCUCCUCCAUCGACAAUCCUAAGAUCAUUGGAGAACUCCAGGUACACGUUGAUGCUAUCUUACCGCUGCUUGACCCGAUAUGGCGUUCUCCUUACAAGGCAAUCGUAAUCUGGCCCAGUGUUAUCGCCGGAUCGUGCAUCCUCAGAAAUGACCAGCAAGACUAUCUGCGAUCGCUCUUUGAACUCUCCAGAUCCGGAAUGGCUCAUGUCAAGAACGCAUUGGAGCUGCUCGACUGGCUGUGGACGGAUCCUGACAGACGCGCCUAUGGACCAUUUGGCUUACACGUUGUCAUGCAGCAACGGGGAGUCAACUUUUGCCUUACUUAGCACGUUCAAAUUCCUUGUAUAGUGGGGAGAGGGCGUUAUAUACAGGAACUACGUGUGUAUGGGUCUUAUUUUCAGCCCUGUAGCCCCGACAGUCCGCGACAGUCAAAUUUUUCUCCUGGAAUAUCCACAAAAUUGUCGAUUUGAUCCAGGACCUCUUUCAGAAUCGCUGCUCCCUUCUCCAACUCUGCAUCCGUCAUAGUCAUCGCAAAACUUAUCCUCAAUCCGUU